UGCAGACUCUCACCUCUCCUCUCCCCUCCUCUCCUCUCUCCUCUCCUCUCUCCUCUCCUCUCCCCUCUGUUUCCCAGCGAAGCUGAAGACUCCCUUCCUUCCUCACGGCUACAUUUGGAUGUGUCCCUCCUGCCUCUUCUUGUCUUCAGUGCCGAGCUCUUCUCCCGCGGAUUAGCGGAAUCUGAACGGACAAGGACCCAAGAUGUCAUGAGGAUCCAUCUUCCAAAUUAGAUAUGAUAUUAGACUUUCUGAUUACUGGAAUGAAAUGUGAAAAUCCAAUCUAGGCUCCUGCUGUGCCACUAAGACUCUUUGAUGGGUAGACAGACCUUUUUCGUAAUGGCUGAUUGAUUUUGGAAGUGCUCUCGAGGGCUCUAUAAGAGCGGUUUCCAAAAUGAGCGAGCGAGGAGAGCAUUUCGGUGAGAGGGAGUUAGGGAACAACAACCAGCAGGUUGGCGUGCUGGCUGAAGGGGAUGCCAACGCCAAUGAUAUCCGGACAGAGGAUGACGGCACGGCUGGUGACACUGGCACGCUUUCUGGCCUGACGACUGAAACAGCACAGCAGGACAAAGUCAUCAUCUGGGGUACGGACUCCCAGUGUGACGACCCUGAGCUGGCCGAGUUUGAGAUGCUGGAGUGUCAGGAGUUGGAGGCCUACCUGGUUGAGGAUGGAGAGGACUUUGUCGGGCUUACAGACCAGAAAGAGCUUCAACAAAAGCCUUCACCACGCUGCAAAGCCAGAGUAGAACAGGUGACAGAUAAUCAGAGCAGGGAAGAGAGAAAGUCCAGUGAGCAGGAAUCCAGUGCCUCUCGUGUCUCUGAGAGCAGGGAGGCGUCCAGGACUGAGUUAAGCUCAGAAAACGAUGUUUUUGUGUCCUGUCUGUCCACCAUUUCAAGCAUGGACACUGCUAUGGACACUGCUGGCAGGAGCCAGACAACAGACUCCUGGCACAUUGCCUCUGGUCCUUACUCAACCAUCUCAGAAGACGUGACUCUGGUUUCCCAGACUGGCAAGGCCUCUGAAAGAGCUGAUCACCCUCCCCUCUCCCCUGGGAAAAGCACAAUACACAGGAAAGAUGUGGACAUGAAUUUGAAUUCAACAGCUCACUCAGAGGAUGCGGCAUCACAGGCACAAGUGCGCAACGGAGUUAUUCCGUGUAAGGAUGUCAUUGAUGAGCACAGAAAGAACAAUAACCAGAGAAAUAAAGCAGGCGAUAGCGUCCCAGAGGGAGACUGUGAUCAAAGGAGAAGUGUAGAGCACAAGGGUUUACCCAAUACAAAAACAUCACAUGAAGAAAGCACUAAAAUGGAUAAAAGCACACAAGCUGAUGAGGCCCCUGACAUGAACCCACCCACAACAGGUACAAAAGGGACUCAGUCAUCAAUUGAAACCAAAGCCAUAAAGAAACGAGGAUCAUUUGAUAACUCGUUGAAAAAUCAAAACUCUUUUGACAAGAGUUUUAAAAAGCAGCCAUCGUUUGAGAAUACUUUCAAGAAGCAACCAUCGUUUGAGAAUACUUUCAAGAAGCAGCCUUCGUUUGAGAAUACUUUCAAGAAGCAGCUCUCCUUUGAUAACACCUCCAAAAAGCAGGGCUCUUUUGAGAACCCAGUCACCUCCGGCUCUUCAAGUCUGGAGAGAAGGAAGCCAUGGGGAAGCCCCAGUCGGCCAGCAACUCCCACCUCCCCGAAAACAACUUCCUGUUCCCCCAAGAGACGACCGCCUGGUUCUCCAGCCAAGGUCCAGAGCGGCAGGGCACUGAGCUUGGAGCGCAGCGAUUCCCCUCAGAGAGCAUUAAGUCAAACAGUCAAACCACCGGGUAAGACAGGUUUGAGCAGUUGCAUCCCCAAACCUGUCACGUGUCAGCAGAAAGAGCCUGAACCCAGGAGGUCUUCUCCUCCCCAGAAGCCUAAAAAUGUCAGACCAAAAAUCAUCACCUAUGUUCGAAAGAAUCCCCAAGCAAAACCCCAAGGGACAGAUGCCCAGCUGGAAGCCUCUACACUCCCAGUAAGACUAUCUUCUUACUCCAGCCCACCAGCUCAUAAAGAUCCAAAGGUUGGUCCUCAACCUAAAUCCACGCCGGUGCUAUGUUCCUCCAACCUGCUGUUUGACAAAUAUCGACAGGAGAUGCAGAAGGCGGGGUACUAUCCUCCAGCCAUGGCUGGGACUGGGGCGAAACCUCCAAGCAGCACCAUCCCUCAAAGGCUGAGUGGAAAGUCGGGCAGUUUUCAUGAGGAUAUGCCUGAGAAAUAUUUCCAAGAGCCUGUUUCCCAAGAAGGAGGCAGUGUCUACCGCUCACCCAGAGCUCUGAGGCCUCAGCUGGGGUUAGGGGCGGUCACCAGGCAGCCUGCAGCCAAGACAAGAGUUCAACAGACAGGCCCAAGGUCAGCGCCGGCCCCAGGCCAGUGCGCUCAGGCAGCCGCAACGGCUCCCCGAGGCUACCAGGACCCUGCAGGAGAGCAAAAGAGGUCAGGAGAAAGAGGUCCAGAAGCCACCCCUAAGAGCGUCCUGGUGAAACCAGGCCAGUCUGGUCUCCGUCCUCCAGGCUUCACCGCCCUGCCAGCUGCCCGUCUGGCCACCUUCGGCUUCGUCCGGAGCUCCAGUGUCUCGUCGGUGUCCAGCACCCAGUCUAACGACAGCAGUCACAGUGAUCCCUGCCGAGCCUCUCAGCAUCCGGGCAGUGGCAGCGACGACACACCUCUCCACAACGCCACAGCGCCCCCCAGCGAAGCCCCCCACGUUCAGAGCCGGCCUCACCCUCCCAACGCCCCCAGCCUCCAGCGCCGCAGUCUGCCGCCGCAGCGCUGCUCCCCGCUUGCCUCGAGGAGAGAAAGGCAGAAGGACACAGAGGCUGUUUUGCCACCAAAGUCCUCUCCCAAAAGAUUUGCAGUGGUAUCGCCCAAACCACAGUCCCCUGUUGGUGGGCGGACAGCAGUAGUUCCUGGUGUUGUUGGGACUGAACGGGCCCAGGAGUUGGACCGGGCUCUGAUCCAGCAGCUGCGGGAACGCUGUGAGCAGCAGGACCUUCAGCUGCAGAGCCUUCAGGCCCAGUUAAAGAAGGCCUCCCUGUGCCUGGACGUUUUCAGCAUCACUACCCAGCACUUCUGUCACAAGAGUGAGAGUGCCGUUGUGAAGGAGAGGGAAUUGUCCCUGGAGCUCGCCAGAAUCAGGGAUGAAGUGGCUUUCAGUGUUGCACACUGGGAGCAACUGCAGCAGGAGAAGGAGGAACUGGAGCGUCGUUUCAAGGCUGAGCUGCAGGGAUUGCGGGCUCAGCAGCAGAGGGAGCUGGGAGUGCUGGAGGAGCGGCUGAAGGCGCAGCACGUGGCCCAGACCGAGAGCCUGCAGGCCCAGCAACGGGCCGAGCUGGAGGAACUACGGGUCAAACAGCAAGAACAGAUUGAGGAGAUGAGUGAGAACCAGGAGGCUGCCCUGAUGGAGAUGGAGACGGCUCACGAUGACACGCUGGCCACUCUGCAGGAGGAGCAUGCCAGGACCGUGAAGAAUCUGAAGAUGGCCCAUGAACAGCAGACCAAGUCUCUGGAAGAAGAGUUUGAAAAGAUCAGACUGUCACUGCAGGAUCAGGUGGACACGCUGACGUUUCAGAACCGCAGCCUCAGAGAUCGAGCCAAGCGCUUUGAAGAAGCUCUGCGCAAGAGCACAGAUGAGCAGAUUGUGGAUGCGUUGGCACCGUAUAAACACAUUGAUGAGGACCUGAAGAGUCUGAAAGAAGUUCUGGAGAUGAAGAAUCAACAAAUCCAUCAACAGGAACUGAAGAUAUCAGAACUGGAGAAAAUACAGGCUGAAAAGAAUGUGUACCUGGAGGAGAGACUACAAGUGUUACAGCAGCAGAACGAGGACCUGAAGGAAAGAAUAGACAAGAACCUUGCUGUGUCCAGGCAACUCUCUGAGGAUAAUGCCAACCUGCAGGUGAACGUGGUGAAGGAGAGCAACGAGAAGAAGCGUCUGAGUCGCACUAACGAGGAACUGCUGUGGCGUCUUCAGACCGGCGAGCUGAGCCCUCGCAUGUCCCCCAGCUCCUCCCCCAUCCAUCGACCCUCCUCCGGCCCGGGCUCCCCGGCCCGCCCACACUCCCCAGCCCGCCCACACUCCUACCAUCAAUGACUCUCUCAGUGGAAGCUCUUGUAUCAAACGCUUUCUUUUAUCUGGCAUCGGAAGCCCUGUUAUUUAUUUAUUUUUUAUCUUUGUCGAAUGUUACACUAGAUGGACGGACACAUUUCUUUUUGGAAAUGCCGCUCACCCAUGUGGUGCAUUUCCCAAAGUCGAGCCCCAGGAUUUUUAAUCUCUGACCUAAAGAAUUGUAUUAAUCACACCUCUUAUUGUUCAAAAGGGAAUCCUCUGCCCUCCUCUUUCACUAUUACACCUGAACGCCCCCAACGAAACAGACGUGCUGUGCUGUGAUACUGCAGCGGAUUAAAGACCCGGUCAUUGUCGACUUCAGAGAGCAGGAUCAGAGUCCCGGUGCCUCAUUUCCAUGUUUUUUCCGCCUCCAAUCUACAUCACCGCCUUCUCAUCCAGCGCUCAGGAUGAUGGAUGUACGAGACAUAGCAAACAUCCAAAAGUGCAACAAGGAACACAAGAAGCGCCUUUGCCGUCCAUUCUCUCCCACCAGCAAUGUCUAUCAAGGGCAUAGGCAAACGUUUUAAAAAAAAUCACAAAACUACCUUCAGUAAGUUACAAAGUGUGGAUUCUUCUCUGGGGUGUGUUAACCUUUUCAUGUAGUUGAAGUAUUUCAUAUAUCAGGAGUGUAUGAAUGAUUACCCAUUUAACCUCAAUCAUCCAUCCUACAUUUCUCCUUAAACUACUGGAUCUCAGUGUAGACCUGAAACGUAUAGAGCAUAAGCAUAACAUAAGAACUGGAUCGAUUAAUCGAUUAGUUGUCAACUAUGAACUAUUUUGUUAAUUUGUUAAUUGUUAUGUGAAUAUGUUCUAGUUCCUUUUCUCCUCUGUGACAUUAAACUGAACAUCUUUGAGUUAUGGACAAAACAAGACAUUUGAGGAUGUCAUCUUGGGCUUUGGGAAAUACCGAUCGACAUUUUCUGACCAAACAAACAACGGUAACACUUUACUUGAAGGUAUCUACGUAACAGGCAAUUUCCACCAACUGCGGAACGGCUGUGUGUCGGCUCCGCUGCGUCUCGGCUCCGUGCUCCGCCGUCCUUCAACACCCACCAGGUCCGGAUUUGUUGCGGAGCGGCUGCAGCCAUAACUGGAAGCUGAAGUCACGAGGACCCACGAGAUCUCGCGAAAUCACGUACGAUUGCGCGAUAUAACAGGAUGUAGUUUCUAUAAACAGAACCACAAAACAUCCAGAGGAGUAGAGGGAAACAACUCUGUGCUGACCUGUCGACUUCAGGCCUGUCUCCGCCCAUUAUGACGUUUUCAAGGUGUGGUGCAGGGAAAUAUGAUCCGCUGUGAACAUGGUGUAUUUUAUUUUGAAAAUCAACCAGAGUUUUUAUUUUGUUUCUGUGCUCGACUUCCUGUCCCGCACUAUCUGCCGUGUGCUGAAUUGCUGCGGAGCUCUCCGUCAAAAAAUAGAAGCUCUGCGUAUCUGCUCUGGAGGGCUGCCGAUCGGAGCGGAUCCGCAGGUGGUGGAAAUUGCGGGUAAGAGUGACACAUGAACCCUAACCCUAACUCUAACUCUAACCCUAACCAUAACUUGUCAUGACAAAAACCGAAUGACACUUACUAAAAGAAGCGUUAUGUCAUGAACAUUUAUGACUUGUUUAUAAUGUUUAUGACACGUUCAUGACACUCUUAUGUAGAUACCUUCAAGUAAAGUGUAACCCAAACAACUAAUCGAUUAAUCAAGAAAACAAUCGCCAGAUUAAUCGACGAUGAAAAUAAUCGUUAGUUGCAGCCCUUAUAACAACUCAUAAAUCCAUUGAACUGCCAACACAGUAUAACUAUAGUAUUGCAUAUCAUUUUGUAAAAACUACAUGUAUAGCUCUCUUUACAGCAUGUUCUGUCUUCCAGUAAGGACUUUUAUUUUAGGAUUACCUACAGUGUGACUAUAUGGAGCAGAAGGGUGAAGGGGCAACACAAGUGGCCUCUUAUUCCUAAUAAUAACAGCCCAGGGUUCAUUCAAAUGAAACCAAGAAAUUGCAGACAAAUGGUGCCUCUCACUGGUCAGUCGGGAAAGGAAAACAUAAUUAUUUCCCACAAAAGUGCAGGAUCUGUAGAAACCACCAAAGAGGAAAUGAUCAAACGCAGCAGUUCAUCUGUUACUGUAGCUGUCAUGUCUGGAGUUAAGGAGCUGUAGAAUCAGCCAUCAUUUAUGCAGACAUUGCAGUCAAAAUGUGUUGACCUGGACACAUCCAAAAUCAAAAGUCAGUUAUGUUGAAUUGGUACACUUCUUUUUCUUUCUCUUUCUUUAAAGGGGAACUAUGCAGUUUUUCUAGCUUAAUUUACCUUAACUGAACAGCUUCGGAGUCAUUGGAACGGUUAUAUGACUUUUUUUUUAGUUGAAUGGUGGUCGUCUUGCUCCCCCCUAGCGCCUGUGAGCGGAAAAACCACCCUUGCAACUUUGGGCCAGCAAGCCGCCGGCCUCAGUGUCAGGAAGCGUGAUAUCAGGUCUCGCCAUGUAACGAAUUGCUCCACGGCACUGCACACAUACAGGAACCGGCUAGCUAUAAGAAUAAGGUAGCGAUGGAGUUUUUCACGCUAUU